CAUGGGUUCAACGGACCCCACUCCUCGCUUGCUUGCAAUCUAUUGUCCCCUGAAGCUGACAAUUUUGAACUGGAAGGGGGAUGAGGAACAGUGGUUGGAGGGGCCCUCCACCCUGCCAGGGCAGCGUCGAAUCCCUUGGGGAAGAGAAGUGUUCCUUGAGCAGCGAGACUUUGUAAGUGAAAAACUAGUGGCAAGCAACGGUGACGGAUCUACUGCACAGCUUCUGGCUGGGACCAAUGUGCGAUUGCGCCAUUCCUACGUGGUUUGCCUUGAAUCUUUCAGAGAGGAUGAUUUUGGGAAUGUUGCUGAAGUCCUUGGUCGCUGCAACUAUGACAGUCUUGGGGUGCCAACUGCUCUUGAUGGAGUUGGGCAGGGUCCAAAGGUGGUGUCCUGGGUCCAUGCAUCGUCAAGGAUGCACAUACAGGUCCCUUUGGUGGAGGGACCUGCCAACUUUGUGGCAACUUACUGGCCUCAAGGCAAAUCGAGCUCUGUGCCAGAAAGCACUAUGUUGUGUGAACCCUGGCUCUCCAGCAUCAUGGCAAGCGGCUAUGCAGAUUGCCCUUCGAAAGCUGGAGGCCCUAUACAGCUGGAGCGUCUCGGACAGUUCCGAAUAUGUCCUUUUCAAGGGCACACCGGUGACAGAUGUGAUAGCGACAGGCCAAAAUAUGCCUUGCAGUGCCUUGCAGCUUGGCUGCCGAAAUUCUGCACAGCACCAAAGCCGGGCAAACGUCAACGGGUUCCUGAGUCUGUGCUGGCAGCGGCAGCAGCAGAAGCUGCAGCUAGGAAGGAAGCAAUGCAAAAGGCUUCACGCGAAGAUUUUUCAUUGGAGGAACCAUUGCUGAUGGUUUGUGCGUGCGAUCGCUGGGAUCGAGUUUUGGCACUUGAUUUGCAAGAAGCAUGGCGGGACACAGACACUUCAAUCGUGGAGGUUGCGCCUGCGCUGUUCCGUGUUCGUGGUCAAGUGCCUGCUUGCCCCUGUGAUGAAGUGCUGACCGCACCUUCAAAUGACCAGGCUGACCAGGCUUCGCGGAUUUUGCCACAAGGAACCUUUGAUCGGACUUGUGUGUGGCAUGCUGCUGGGGUCAGGCGUUGCCUUCAGCUGCUGACACUGCCAUCCCGUCCAGCUCAGUUGAUCGAAGCCGUUGCGGAGAGCAAACUGAACUUCCCUGGUGGUUGGAGCCUCGAGCACGAAGGUUCUCAUCCAGUUCGCUACGAGUCGCUUGCCCCGUACACGCAGUCUUCGGGUUUCCUGGCGGCCAGUCUUGGGCGCUCCAUCUCAGGCCCCAUGAUUCCCAUGAUUCCCAUGAUUCCCAUGAUCCAGGGCGACCGAGACGAAUCGACCGAAUCGACCGAAUCGACUGCAGCGACUGAAUCGACUCGCUUGGUUACAGUGGAAAUGAUCAAUUCUCAGGGGCUGCAUUUUCUUGCACGUGAUUCUCUAGAUCGUCAUGGCUUCAAUCAGUUCAAUCCAGCUGUAUUUGGCUCGAUUUGGAGAUCCCGGCCGUAUCCAGACUACAGUGCUGCGUUGGAGCCUUUGGCAGCCCUGGCUCUGGUAGGAAUAGGCUUGCGGGUACAUCACCGCUUGACAGGGAAAGACCCGCAUGCCUUUCUUGAUGUAACCUGUGGAACUGGGACAGUAGCAGCUGCUGCCAAGUACUGCGUAUCCACGUGGCAGAUUUUUGCCGGGGAUGUCAAUCCUACCAUGUCCAAGAGAUCAUUGUCGAAUCUGCAGGCUGCAUUCCCAGGUCAAGCCUAUGAACUGCUUGAUGAGCCAUCAACUUCAGAUCCAUCUCCAGGUCUAGGCGUUAGACAAUGGGAUGCAACCAAUCCAUGGCCGAUUCCCUCAAGAGCAUGCGUCGCAAAUGGAUCAAGUGGUGGUGAUUCUGGUGAUGGACUGUUGGUGGCUUCGAACCUUCCCUGGGGCAAGAGCUUGGACACCCAAGUGGAGGCUGCCACGCAGGUGGCUCGAUGUUUGGCCGCAAACCUGCCACGUGCAACGCUCUGCCUGAUAGCUCCAGAAGAGGUUGGCCGCAAUUGUAGCGAUUGGUUUCAAGUGUUGCACUCAGCACCAGCCGGCAAGAAGGCAGUGCUCAUAGUUGGUCAUGGAAUUGCGGCAGAAAAGGCUUUCACAUUUAGCUACUUUAAGAGUGUGACGGUGACGGGAGGUUACAUUUCUCUGGUUGAACUUGCUGAAUCCAAGGCCAAAGAUCCAAUGGCACAGUUGAAAGCUCGCACCGCUGCCUCUGCUGCGGAGAGGGAACGUGUUGCCAAGGAGCGAGCAGAGCGUGUCAAGGCAGGUGUGGAGGAAGCAAGAAAGAAGAGGAAACUGGAGGAAGCCAAGAAGGCAAAACAAGAAGCUGCUGCCGCUGCAGCUGCCAAGAAAGCCAAGGUCGAAGAUCCAACGAAAGUUAUUUUCUUGGAUGUGGAUGGAGUGCUUGCAUGCAAGUGCAUGCCCUACCAGUCAGCAGAGGUGGAUGGCGAAUGGGCUCUCCGAGCAGAGACCGCGGACUUUAUAUCAGGGGCUUUGCUGAAGACUAAGUUCUGUCUUCGGAGUGGCGGCGUGAUCAGCCCAUGCGCCAGUGACAAUGCCACUUCUACCAGCGGCUACUUGGGCGCAGGUCCUGGCACUUUCUACUUCUACUGGCUGGUCAGGUCUGAAAAAACAAAGCCGCUGAUCCUGUGGCUUACUGGUGGGCCUGGAUGCUCUUCGAUUCUAGCAAUGCUAUCCGAGAAUGGACCCUGCAGGGUGAAGGACGAAGGUGAUGACCAGUGGAGCAUCAAGAAGAACCCAUGGAGCUGGACCAAAGCUGCCUCCAUGCUCUGGGUUGACCAGCCUGCUCAGGUUGGCUUCUCAACCGGCGAGCCUGUCUACAACGAAAGAGGAGUUGCUCAGCGAAUGCUGAGCUUCAUGCAGAACUUCUUUCUGACGUAUCCAGACCUUCUGGAGGUCCCAUUGUUCAUCAUGGGUGAAUCCUUCGCAGGCCACUACGUCCCCAGUGUGGCAAAUGCACUCCUUGAUGCUGUGGACAGCGGCGUCCACAUGGCGAGACCACAAGGUCUUGCAAUGGGAAAUGCAUGGGUCAGUCCGCAAGCGCAGUAUGCCUCGAAGCCUCUCAUGGCCUUCACCGGUGGCUUCGAGGAAGGAGGAUCAGUCCAUGGGAUUGUGAACGAGACUGUUUUCAGUUCUAUGAUGGCAGCACUGCCUGCUUGCCUACAAGGUGUCCAAUCGUGUCAGGACAAUGGUUGGCUUCCAGAUGAAUGUCUAGAGGCCUUUGGAAUGUGCACGCUUGUAGAGCUCAAGCCAGAAAUCACUGCAGGAAGAAAUGCCUACGACAGUCGCAAGGUGUGCUAUAAAGAAAACCCGGUGCAGUGCUACGACUUCUCAGCAGAGAUAGCCUUCUUGAAUGACCGAAAGGUGAAGAAAGCACUUGGAGUGCCAGCAGGGCAAGCUCGAUGGAGUCCAUGCAACUAUGUGACAUCACUGGAUUUUGCUCGUAGCGGAGACUGGCUUCAGAGUACCAAUGGCCUAGUGGCAAAGAUGCUGGAGCGUGGUGUGGCAGUUUUGGCUUACUCUGGGGAUACUGACCUGAUGGUGGACUGGCUUGGCACGAAGUCCUGGAUGACAUAUUUAUCUUGGUCUGGCGCAAAGGGUUUUGCUCAAGUGACUGAGCAACCCUUUGUGGUGGGAAGAAAGGCCCAAGGUCGCUUUCGAUCCUUUGGUGGAUUCACCUUUUUGCAGAUUUUCAAUGCUGGACACAUGGUCCCAAUGGACCAGCCGGAAGCUGCCCUUGGGAUGGUCAUGGAAUUUGCCUUUACUGAACGGCGUGCUCGAGAGAUCAGCCAGUGGUUGAGCAAGGGCCCCUGGACAGAAAACCUGGCACUUUGCUCAUGGCUCCACGAAUUGUGCCGCAGCCAGAUCACUAAGCUCACCAUGGAACAGGCCAAAGCGGCGGUGCGACUUCUGCGAGGCGAGAAGCUGCUGGCGCUGCGGCGCAAUCGCCCUGCAGAUGCCAAAUGUGUGGACUGUAGCGCGGACAGGCCCGAAUGGGCUUCCGCCCUUCCCUUAGAUUACGGUUUGCUCAUGUUUGCUCUUUGGAAGUUUCGCAUUGACAGGUGUAAAUUCCAAUGCGAUCGAUGUCAGAGUCUGAAGGAGAACGGCUUGCUAGGCUCCUCGCUGCAGCAGCGCUACUCUGCAACUGCUGCUGUUGAGUAUCGAGCAGCCUUGCAGGCAGCUGCAAAGCAGCCAGACAUGCUUGUGCAAUCUUCCAUGCCGAACUUGGCGUCGUCAGGGUGUGCUCGACAGGCUGUGUCACCAGCUCCAACCAGGAGCUGUGAGAGGACAGCUGCAAAAGUGGAUGUAUGGGGAGAAGACUUCUGGGGUUGA